AAACCAAAAUUAUUUCACAAUAGUAUUCAUAACAAAACAUUUCUGUGAGCGCGUAAUAUAAAUCCUAGAAAUAUGUACAAAAAUAUUAUUGUAAAACCAUUUAUACCAAUAGACUCCCCUAGUAAUAUAUACUAUGGAUUUGUUGAAACUUCCGAAUAUGGUCGUUUAUUUUUGGCUUAUUAUUUAGAGAAAGAUUUAUACAUUUGUUAUGCCCACUUUGCAUCUAAUGAAACUAUGGAAAAAUUUAAAAAUGAUUUACAAAUACUCUGGCCAAAGGCAAAACUUGUAAAUGAUGAUAAAACAACAAAAGAAAUAUGGCAGAAAUAUAUGAUAAAGCCAAACGGCUCUGAAGAAAUUUAUGUGUUUUUAAAUGGGACUGAAUUUCAGAGGAAAGUGUGGUCAGCCUUAUUGGAAAUACCUUUUGGUGAGGAACGUACUUAUAGUGAUUUAGCAGUAGCUAUUGGAAAUCCUAAAGCUGUUAGAGCUGUGGCAAAUGCUGUUGGUAGUAAUAACAUUGCUAUAUUUAUACCAUGUCAUCGUGUUAAGGCUAAAAAUGGAGACAAGCUCAAAUAUCGUUGGGGUGGUGAUUUGAAAAAGAAAAUAUUGUUAUAUGAGAAUGAAAAUAUUUAAAAUAGGAUGUUUAAAAUAAACUGUAUUCAUAUAAUAUUAAAAUAAAUUGCAUAUUACAAAAAAUAAAAAAA